CAAGAACGCCCAAGCCCAACUCCUGUUCUUUCUACAUCAUCCUACCAUUGAACCAUUCUCCAACAUCCAGUCUUCCAAGAGAGUCCAUGGACAGCACCCAAAAGCCAUCACCAGGCCCAACCCCACGCGACAAAACCACAAGCCGUCUCAACCUCUACCGAAACCAACUGUCCCACUCAACCCAAGAACAAGAACAGCCCUCACCCCCCAGCUCCACGAGCGCACCAGCAACAAUAAAAACAAUGUCUCGCGACCCGAUCACCUGCCAUGUCCUCAACACCCUGACAGGCACGCCCGCCGCCAACCUCCCAGUGACAUUGACCCUCCUGCCCAGUUCCACCAGCGCAGAACAACCGACCACCACCACUUUCCACGCAACCACCAACGCCGACGGCCGCGUCGCGACGUGGACCCCGGUAACCGCCUCGCAGGCACAAUCCGUCCCCGGGAUAUUGGCCGCGCUCCCCACGCCGGAGAGCAAGACGAACUGGGCGCUGCGGUUCGAGGUGGGCCCGUGGUACGAGGCGCAGAACGUCGAGAGCUUCUGGCCUGAGGUGGAGGUCAAGUUCACGGUUAAGGGACGCGGGAGGGAGGGCCAGGAGGGGUGGCGGCAUUACCAUGUGCCUGUGCUGUUGGGGCCGUGGAAUUACUCGACGUAUCGCGGGUCUUGAGUGUAGAUGGGUUGGUGUGGGUUGGUUUGUGUUGAUGGCUGGCUUCGGUGCUGUGUUCACUGUUACAGAAUUUCAGCUCAUUUAAGCGAUGCGGAGAGGAGGUGAGAUAUGCUCUGCAUAUCAAACUCGUCUGAACUGUUCUAUAG